AUGGCUAACGUGACGGCAGAGGAGCAGGAGAUCUACGCCAAUCUCUAUCGCGACGAUCUCUUCGCGGACAAGGUUUCCGAUGAAUUCCUGUGCGGUAUAUGUUUGGCAAUCCUAAGAGAUCCGCAACUAUUACCGUGUGAUCACAUGUUUUGCAAACAGUGUGUCACCACUUAUUUCCGGUCCACUCCGGUGUCCAACUGCUGCCCGAUUUGCAGAUCGCGGACCACUGCCGCUGACGUACGGCCGGCGCCGCGGUUUGUCCGCAACACUAUCGGCAAACUUAUAGCCCGUUGUUUCAAUCAUAGCGAGGGCUGUACCGCUCGCAUGCCAUUGGAUCAGUUGGACAAACACGCGGCCACCUGUCGGUACAGGCCGUGCGCUUCGAGUGGUGGGAGUCAACGAUCGUCAGGCGUUGGCCCGACCGGCACUCCGCUGGUUAUACGCGUCCAAUUGGCCGAUAGGGCAAAGACAGUGACCCUCAACGCCACCGCCGAAGACACUGUCCUAAUGCUUAAGCGCCAGAUAGAGGACAGGGAAGGCAUUGAUCCCAAAACCCUUAUUUUAACGUUCGGCAUUAUUAUCUCAAUUCAUAAUACGAUUGUAUUAUCGGUUAAAAUUCGUGAACCAAUUGCCGGACGUUUUGAUACAAAUCUGAUCGCAAACGGAGGGACUGUUGAAACCGAUGAAGACAUCAUUGAACCAAAGAAUAGGAUAGUAAGACAGGCGCCACACGUGGGUUCAGCGCCCUCGAGCUCUCCCAGUCCUGGGGUUAACAGUAGUCCAAGUGGUGGUCAGACGACGGCUACAACCCCUGUAACGAGUGGUCAAAACCAAAGCACGGCAUUCAAUACCACAAUAGGAAGUGUUACUAACGAAACGACAGUCGCAGACACCGGAGCCGGUGUUGGAAGUGCUGGCAAUGGAUCCGUAACACAGAAUUCAACGGCUGAGACCCAGACUGUGACCGAACCGACGGCAGACCCAAACCAAUUGACAACCAAACCAUCGCCAGUACCGACCGCUCAGUCGACCGAUGGUCCGUCCGUUUGGCCCGUAUUUGUCAUCGCUUUAGUAUUUCUGUGUUGUGUUAUCUUUGGUCUCAUUUGGGUUUUGAAAAGUUUUUGCGACAUUAAUGCCAACGAAAAGUUAGAAGAGUCUAAAAUCAAUGAGGCCAUAAUAAGGGCCGGUAAUAGCGGUACAGAUAUGAACGAAAAGGGUUCGACCGGUGAUCACAAGAAGCCGCCCAAAGAGGACAAGGAGUUGACCACCACUACAACAGAAGAGGCCGACAAAACCGAUGCCUCGAAGGACUCGUUGGGAAGAGUAAGACAUUUAAAAUCACCCAAAAGUCCGGCCAAACAAUCGGCGCCCGACAAGAGUCCCGUCUCGGGUCAGGACAGCAGUAGUGCCGCUCCGGCUAAAAAAGGGUCCUCAAAGUCAGGCUCUAAAACCGAGGUAAUGAUGGCAUCGGAGAGACUUCUGCGAGAGUACAGGGAGUUUAUGUCACAUCCGGCGCCCUUCGGGUCAGUGGCGCCGACCGAUAAUCUACUCGUGUGGACGGCAUUCCUGAACGGACCGGAAGGCACGCCAUAUGAGGGCGGAGUGUUUGAGUUGGAGUUACGGUUUCCCCACACAUACCCCACUCGCGGACCGCAAAUGACAUUUAAAACACAGAUAUUUCACGCAAAUAUUCAGACGAAUGGACACAUAUGUGUGUCAUUGCUGUCCAAUUGGCGGCCGACCGAUACUGUGCUGACAGUCCUUCUGGCCCUCAAUAACCUGUUGUGUGAACCGAAUCGGAGCAGCGCUUACACCGGCGUUGGACUCACUGAACAACAGUACGAACAAACGGCCCGCGAGUGGACACGACUUUACGCCAAAAAGCGUUGA